GCCGAGUUUUUAAUAAGUCACUCGGACAAACGAGCCUUCGGUGUUCGAACGGUGCGAGCUGCGAACCUGUCUCAGGUAUCUCUUUAUCGGUGUUACACGUGUGCGUGUAGUUUGAUUACGGUUUACUCUGUUAUCAAUUCGAUAUUGCUUCGCGACUCUGUAUCGACAGUGAAAAUUUAAACUUUUUUUCAACUUAUAUGGCUAUUUUUUACAACAAAUCGACUGUGAAAUGUGUUUUCCAGAGAACGUUAUUGACCACCGAUCAAAAUGAGCGGGGGAUGAAGCUACGUGGAAUCGUUACGGUGGUACUUUGAUCUGGCGAAAGUUGCCUUAUGGAAGGCAUCACGGAAAUAACACGUCCAAGUAACGGAUGGAAAUUCAACGAUCGCCGAAGCCCAUCGCCGAAAAUCGAGGAUGCAUGGGGUCCUCCGGGUAUACUUGGACGCAAAGUACUCGGUACCACGCCGACACCUACGACACCCCUGUCCGAAAUACCAUUGCCGGAGACUGACGAAGAUUACGCCGAAUAUUACCAGGAUAAAAUCAGCUCGACUCAGCAACGUCAGCUGUAUCCGCUGCUGGAAGAUUUGGCUGAUUGGAUCAAUAAGUGCUUAGGUAUCGAAUACCUACAAGGUGGUAACUUGUUGGAUAUGCUGGACAAUGGAGUAUUAUUAUGUCAAUUAGCGAAAUUAAUCCAAGAAAAAGCAGAACAAGCUGUAGAAGCAGGCCUCACUUCACCGCCUGUUCCAACCAUUCCAUCCAGAUGUUUCAAAACAGCAGCACGAAGAAGCUUCUUUUCUCGUGAUAAUAUGGAAAAAUUCAUCCUGUUUUGUAAAAAAAUUGGCGUUCAUGAAAAUUUAUUAUUUGAAAGCGAUGAUUUAGUUUUACAGAAUAAACCUCGAAAUGUGAUCCUGUGUUUAAUGGAGGUAUCCAGAUUGGCUACUAGGUUCGGGGUAGAGCCUCCCGGAUUAGUCAAAUUUGAACGCGAAAUUGCCGAGGAAGAGGAAUCGCAACAUGAUUCCGGCCUGUCUCACGAUUCCAUAUCAUCUUGGCAGCUCCGCGAGUCUCCAAAACCUACCUCUCAACCUCAAAGAUUAUGCAGUUCCUCUACUUCUCUGAAUAAUGGUAAACAUUACACGAAUAACAUUAUUGAAAAUGUAGACGAAAAUAUCGCUAUUAAUGGAAACGGCGUUUUGAGACGAACAACCAGUGAAUAUGGCCCUCUUAACGGAACUAAUGGUAAAUCUCAUCACGUUGAUUCUGCUGCCGAAGAUGAAUGGUCUCGAGAAAGUUCUGAAGAACGUUCCGAUUACGGCGGCACUGACCGACAGUCUACCGAUGAUCUCGAUAAAAAGGUACAACGAACCACUCAUAUAGUUCGGAAACAAUGUCGCUGUGCGACUGGCAAAUGCGAAAAGCUGCAAGUGAAAAAAGUAGGCGAAGGACGUUACACAAUCGGUGGUAGAAAUGUCUUCAUUCGAUUACUGAAAGGAAGACACAUGAUGGUACGUGUAGGUGGAGGCUGGGAUACCCUGGAGAAUUUCUUAGCUCGCCACGAUCCUUGUCAGUCAUUUACCAGAUCUGCUAGAAAUCGUGUACGACCAUACAGACGAACAAAAGGAAUCCUCAAAAAAAGAAUAACAUUUAGAUUAUAAAAGAUUAAUCAACAGACAAAUUUGCAAGCAUUUAUCCGGCUCCCAUUUUUGAAACAAAACUAGAUAAUUCGGCACAAAAAUCAGAAUAAAAUUUAAUAAAAACAAUUACGAAUUACAAAAACUUUAUAGAUAUACUUAUAAUAUCUACGAUAAAAAUACUUGAAAAAAUAAUCCCCGCUUACGAAUGCAAAACAAAUUUACGUAGAAAGCUUUGUGACAAUAUUUUUCUUCAAUGUAUUUGAGCAACGUUUACAUAAUAAUUAAAUCUUCAUAAAACUUAUCUCAUUUGUGGCAGAAAACUUAGAUUUAUCACUAGAAAACAUCGAUAAAGUGUUGAAAUUUUUAAUUACUUAUAGAGCAAGAAUUUGGACGAUAUAAAAAUUAAUAACGAGUUGAGUGGUAUUUGAAACAUUUAAGUAGAACGCAGGUUUUAAUUUUAUUAACAAUUUUAUCAAACGAAAUUGUUACUUUAGCACAUUUUACGUGAACUGAUAAUUUUUCUUUUUUUCAUUUCAUUUCAUUAAUUCCACACUUAUCUUUAAAAUCACCUCUUUGUAAUUUUGUAAUAUUGAAAUACUAACAUUAAAAUUUAUUAAAUUACAUACAUAGUAAUUUGAAAAUUUCAACUUAAACUAAUGUUGAAUUCAGUUCACUUCCAAAUUAAAUAAAUAAUAUGUUUCAGUUUAGUUUUUUUUUUUAAAUUGAUGAACAGAUUCCACGACUUUGUGCUAUCGAUUUUGGUAAAGAGAAUCUUAAUUAAUUGAAAAUGUCCUGAAAACAGUAAAAUACGUUUUACCGUUUAAAAACAGAAAAAAAUCUAAAAACAAUAAUUAUCUACAUAGUUUUUGAACAGAGACAUACUUCACUUUUUCAAUUACGAAAAACGGAAAAAAGCUAGUAUAUUUUUUAAUUAAAGCGAGGUGACGAGUUCCCAACUUCUUCGUGCUACAUAAUGUAAAAUAGACCUUACGACUAAACUUGAAUUAAGCGCUUAAAAAAUACGUUUUAAAAAAUGAAAAAAAAAUUGAACAUGGUAACUUGAAAACAACAUCGAAAAAUUUAUCAAAAAGACAACUAUUUGGACGGACUUGGAGAGUGACAAAUUACAAUUUUUUGAUUCAUAAAACUCGUUGCGCGAAUAAUUUAGCUCAAAAUUUGAACGAAAAGAUGAUUAAAUUUUUGAAUAUAAUAUGCAAUUCAAGAAAAAUACUUAUAACAAAAGAAAAUCCGCAGAGAUAUGAAUUUAUAUGCUUCACUAAGAGAUUUCUCUCGUUGUUUUUUUUUCAUGCUAAUGCUUACUAAUAACUACAAUUCAUCCAAAAUUAACUGCCAAUUUUUUAAGAUAAAAACAACCUUAGCACUACCUAUCGAGAGUAAAAAAUAAUAAGUAUUUUGAUACUUCCCAAUUCGUCAUUUUGUUAACUUGAUAAAAUAGUAAACAACAAAACAAAAAAAAAAA